AUGCAGACCGCCAAUCAGUCCAACAACAACAAACUCAACAGCAGCGACUACUCAAUCAACAAUGCCAAAACUGACGACAAUGACCAUGAGCAUUACGAAUACACUAAAGUCAACAACCAACACUACAACAACAGGUUCACCAGCAUCAGCAACUAUAAACCCAAUGAAUACAACAACCGACUCACUAGCAUUGGCAAUGCAAACAACAAUGCAAAAAUUGACGACGCCGACCACGAAACUCAUGAGUACAUCAAAGCCAACAACCAACACUACAACAACAGGCUCACCAGCAUCAGCAACUAUAAACCCAAUGAAUACAACAACCGACUCACUAGCAUUGACGAUGCAAACAACAAUGCAAAAAUUGACGGCACCGACCACGAAGCUAAUGAGUACAUCAAAGCCAACAACCAACACUACAACAACAGGCUCACCAGCAUCAACAACGCAAUCAACAAUGCCAAAAAUGACGGCAACGACAACAAUGCUAUUGACUACACCAAAUGCAACAACCGACUCACUUGCAUUGGCGAUGCAAACAACAAUGCAAAAAUUGACGGCACCGACCACGAAACUCAUGAGUACAUCAAAGUACGCGACAAGUACUUCAAAAACUACUAUAAAACCAAUGAAUACAACAACCGACUCACUUGCAUUGGCAAUGCAAACAACAAUGCAAGAAUUGACGGCACCGACCACGAAGCUAAUGAGUACAUCAAAGUACGCGACAAGUACUUCAAAAACUACUAUAAACCCAAUGAAUUUGGAAACGACCAAGAAGCCAGCAACUACAAGAGAUCCUUUAUGGAUCUCUUAUGGUCCAACAUACAGGCCAACAACCAACACUACAACAACAGGCUCACCAGCAUCAACAACGCAAUCAACUAUGCCAAAAAUGACGGCAACGACAACAAUGCUAUUGACUACACCAAAGCCAACAACCAACACUACAACAACAGGCUCACCAGCAUCAACAACGCAAUCAACAAUGCCAAAAAUGACGGCAACGACAACAAUGCUAUUGACUACACCAAAUGCAACAACCGACUCACUUGCAUUGGCGAUGCAAACAACAAUGCAAAAAUUGACGGCACCGACCACGAAACUCAUGAGUACAUCAAAGUACGCGACAAGUACUUCAAAAACUACUAUAAAACCAAUGAAGUUGGAAACGACCAAGAAGCCAGCAACUACAAGAGAUCCUUUAUGGAUCUCUUAUGA